AUGGUUGAUCUCCAAGCUGAAGCUAAUUCGAGUUCCUCUCAUCUUCAUGCUGAUCCCACAUCAGUUCGAAUAGAUUUUGCCAGUCCUCUUUACUUGCAUCCAUCAGAAAGUGUUGGAUCUUCUCUAUUGCCUGCAGUUUUUGAUGGUACAGGUUACAGAUCUUGGAGAAGAGCUGUACUUAGAGCUUUAUCAGUGAAAAGCAAAAUAGGAUUCAUCAAUGGAACACUUGUACAACCUGCUCCUACUGAUCCUGGUUUUCUGCAAUGGGAAAGUGUGAUGAUAUGUCUGCAGUAUGUAAAUAAUGCUCAUGAGCUUUGGGCAGAGUUGGAAGAAAGGUAUGAUCAAACCAAUGGAUGCAAACUAUAUCAGCUACAGAAAGAGAUAAAUGACCUCGUUCAAGGUCCUCUGGACAUUACUGGCUAUUAUACAAGAAUGAAGAAGUUGUGGGAAGAAAUGAGCACUAUAGAUGUCAAUUCUCAGUGCACAUGUGUGUGCACUUGUGGUGGUAAGACCAAGUUGCACAAAGCUGAACAGGACAGGAGACUCAUACACUUCUUAAUGGGUUUAAAUGAGAUGUAUACAUCCAUCAGAGGCAAUAUCCUUAUGAUGAGUACACUUCCAAGUAUGGCACAGGCUUUCGCCAUCCUAUCCCAAGAGGAGAAGCAAAGGGAAGUGAAGCCUAACAAUCACACAGUUCUUGACUCUACCUCACUGAAUGCCUAUGGCCAGUCUAGCAAUAGUACAGCACGCAAAGAUUUUAAAACUAACUACAGUUCCACUAGGGGAGGUGGAAACAACUAUGGGAACUUCAACAAUAACAAUGUGUUUAGGGGCAGCUCUAGCACUACCAGGUCCUCUUUAUUUUGUGAGUACUGCAAGAGAUCAGGACACACAAAGGACAGGUGUUACAAACUUCAUGGCUACCCACCCAACUCAAGGUUUCCAAAGGGGAAGGGAUCUGGAUCAGCAGGAAAUGUAUGUGCUGCUGAGAUGAAUGGGCACGGGCACCAGAAUGAGGAGGAUUCUGCACUGAAGAAGCAAAUGCCUUUGAACUUGUCUAAAGAUCAAUAUGAACAGCUACUGAAUCUUUUGGGAACUCUGCAGAUUGGAAAUGGAAAUUCUAACUUCGACAAUUCAGACAAUAUGAUGAGUGGAGCUGUGAACUUGGCAGGUAUACUUGCUUGCUACUCUUCUAUAACUGAAAUAGGUGAUCUAUCUUGUAGGUGUACUAAACUAACUGCUGGUUCUUGGAUCAUCGACUCUGGUGCAUCACAUCACAUGACCUAUACAAAGCCAUCCUUAAAAACAUUAGACCACUACCUUACCCUUUCUUAA